AGCUUUUUCACGACAGGAAAUGCUCCUCGCCAUCAACGACGACAUGCAGUACAACGUGGCGCAGUGGGAACGCUUUGUGAUCGAUAACGAAGACGACGAGCUCGUGCAGAUGUUUGUUGCGUACGAGGACAAAAACGUGCUGAAAGCGGACCAGCUCAGCUCCGCGUACGCAGCAUACUCGUACGUGUUCACCAAAGUGCCCUUCGCGAGCCGUCUUUCCAUGGAGGCCGCCUUCAUCCACACCAACACCAACUCCAACUGCAAAGUCCAGGACCCGAGCGCUUACGUAAGCAUCAUCACGAAGGACCACUCGACCCAGGAGCUCGUGUACACGGACAGCGUGGCGCCGGACGUAACGUUUCUGACCUUUGCGGCGACCGGCAGCGGCUUCGACGCCAAGUCUGUUGCGUCGGACGUCUGGAAGGCCUACAGCACGUACUAUACGGGUUAUUCAGAUUUUAGCGGAUUCUAUGCAGCCAUGAGCAACAGCUUCACUGUUGCGUCGUCGACUGCGGUGUCGUCGGCCGCAGAUAGCGGCACCACAGGCGCAGCGGCCCGCGUUACGGCUAUGAAACCUCCUUUUGCGCUGGGGCUCAUUUUUCUGGCGCUCAUAUAGCAAGCGUUGUUUCGCUUCCUUUGGCCAUUAAGCCUAUAUUGAUGCCCAGCAGCGCCAGUAUCACCAGCGAGAGGUAGGUGUCUGUGAGGCCGGAGCUAGUGACUUCUGUUUUCUGGGCCCUGUAGCUAUAGAUCGAGCGCAGGUAGUUGAAGAGGGCGAGCACGAGGGUGAAGAGGCUGAGACAGGCAAAGAUGAGGCCCAUGGCGCGGCCGAACGAGUCGUCUGUGCGGAAACACACCGCCAUCGCGGACAAAGACAGCACGGAGCAAAACUUGAUCCAGCUGAGCGUCGUGCGCUCGGCCAUGAGAAUGUCGCGGAUUUCGGACGUGCGGUUCUUGACAUGUAACGACAGCAGGUUGGUCAUAGGUGGAUAGAUGUAAAUUUUUUGUCAGGGCUGUGCUACAAUUUAUUUCAAAUUA